AUGCCCAGAGACAUUAGGGAAGAUACCCGAUACCCAGUGACAUUAGGAAGAUACCCGAUGCCCAGUGACAUUAGGGAAGAUACCCGAUACCCAGUGACAUUAGGAAGAUACCAGAUGCCCAGAGACAUUAGGGAAGAUACCCGAUACCCAGUGACAUUAGGAAGAUACCCGAUGCCCAGAGAUAUUAGGGAAGAUACCCGAUACCCAGUGACAUUAGGAAGAUACCCGAUGCCCAGAGAUAUUACCACUGCUACUAAAUUACUAAUCAGUGAAGGACUUCCACUAGGGACAUAA